GCUAUCUAUUAUGAAAAGGUUUUUCAUUAAGCAAUAUCCUUAAUACCUUUCUCUUUUUUUUUUCUUUUUCCACUUCUUCUUUUUUCAUUUCUAUGCUCCACCAUUCUUACAUUACUUCUCAACGUAUAGUCACUUAUAUUUUAUCAUUGUUUAACUUACAACCAUAUCGACAAGAACAAGCACAACAAUAUGAAUCAGCAACACCAUCAAUAUAUCUAUCAUCAUCUAGUUACUACUUGAAUGAUUCUAUUGUACUGGUAUCUAGCAAAUUAGGACAACAAAGUGAUCCUUGGGCCAUUCAUUCCUGGUUGAAAGGUUUAUCGAAACGAAUUCUUUAUCAAUUAGUUGUGGAUAUGCUACCCGGGGUUUAUACUACGCCAUCAACCUUAUCAACAACUCAAUAUGAUGAUGAUGAUGAUACUAAGAAUAGAUUAUCCACGGUAUCAUUGGCUUAUCAACCACUGACAUUGAUGAAACAAGUCCUGAUGAUUCAACAACAUGCUCGAGAUAUCAUCCAUCAGUUGGAUCAUUUACGUCCUAGUGAACAAUUCGCCAAAGCCAACCUGACCGCUCAUUCUCUUCAUCAACUGGUUCGUCUCUCUACCGAUACUCUCCGAUCUCAUUCCAUCUUGGCACUCUUAGCUAUUAUGACCAUGGUACAAGAGUUAUUAGAUAGUUCUCCAGCCGAAGUACGUCGUCAUGUUUUUUAUCGAUCAAAAUGGGGUCGUACGGUUAUUCUUGAAAUGGCUUCCAUCUUGAAAACAUUUUCCUCUCCGACUCAUUUUAAUAUUUUAUCAUCCUCAACAUCGUCAUCCUUAUCAUCUUUACAUAGUAUCAAAAAACGAGAAGAAAGGGUUCGGAUACGGAAAUGGACUCAGUAUAUGAUUGCCUCUUUGAAUCCACCUACUAUGACAAAUGAACAAGGUUGGAUGUUGGAUUGGUUGCAACUUAUCUGUACAAGUAUGGCUCGGUAUGAUCCUCAUUGGAAAUAUAGACAAGAAUACCAAGAUGUGAUUCACAUGGCUGAAGAAUAUUUGUAGAUCUUCUUCGUGUAGUGACCUGUCAUUUAUAUUAUAAUUGAUAUUUUUAGCUUAAUAAAUAUUAGAAUUAAAUCCUAUUAUCUAUCAUAAAUAUAAUUGCUG